GGCCGUUAGAGAGACCAGUCAGUCGGUCAGUCAGUCGGUCAGUCAGUCAGUCUGGCACCUCUUGCAGCGCGAGCCGUCCUGCUCCGGUCCAGACGUGUAGUCGAGAAAGCGCAAAUGGCGACGAGCAUAGUAGCACUGGCGUUGCUCGGCCUGCUGCUGCCCCUGCCAAGGAGUGGACUAGCAGGAGCCCCAGCCUGGGAGACGAGCUUCCUAAACUCACUGGACCCCCACGAUACUGAAUAUUACUUUGGCACCAUCGCUACUGAUGCAGUGCCUGACUUUGAGCUACUGUGGACAGACUGUCUUUGGGAUGAGGCGUCUGCUGAGCUCCAGAGCCCCAGGCGCUGUGUUCUUCACACCCAGAGCGGGAGCUUGCUGCUGGGCCGCGGUGAGCAGGAGGGGUCCCUGUCCUGCCCCAGUGUGGUGGAGACGAGGCUGAACUCCACCGCGAGCACCGUGCGGAAGAGCGAGCCCGGGUGCUGUGAGACCCUGGAGGCGCUGGCCCCGCCCCACGCCAGAGCCGCCCUCUCUCUCUGCAGGGGGUGCAUGCAUGGUGUGGUUGUGACGGAGGGGAGGAGGCUGCACAUCCGCCCGCUGCUACAGAAGCAUGUCCCCCUGGCACCACCCAACAUGCCUCCACACAGCCUGACCCUCAUAGGCAUGCACCUCACCCAGAGGGCUACUGGGGCUGCAGCAGCUGUGACCCCAUCACCCGACAAAGCCCUCGAGGGGAUACACGUCCCACAAAGGCCCACGGCAGCUACAAACCCUUCGUCCAGUGCAGUCCAGCAGAGGCAGCGGCGGGCUGCUCUGAGCUCUGAGGUGUCUCAUCUGGAGCUGCUGGUGGUCGUGGGGUCUGAUGUCCAGCAGGUGCAUCGUCAGGACACAGAGAGAUACAUCCUCACCAACCUCAACAUCGCUUCAGAGCUCCUGAGAGACGCCACUCUGGGGGCCAACAUGAGAGUCCACCUGGUCCGCAUGAUCAUCCUCACAGAGCACGAGCCCGAGAUCCAGAUCUCCACCAACAUCUCGUCAUCUCUGCGAAGUGUGUGUCAGUGGGGUCGUAAGGUCAACCCAGCCAACGACUCUGACCCUCUACAUGCAGACCUUCUGCUAUAUAUCACACGAUUUGACCUGGUGCUGCCCAAUGGGAACAAGCUUGUGAGGGGGGUGACUCAGCUGGGCGGAGCCUGCUCCAGCCAAUGGAGUUGCGUCAUCACAGAGGACACUGGGUUUGACCUGGGCAUCACCAUCGCUCAUGAGAUCGGACACAGCUUUGGCAUAAAUCACGAUGGGACAGGUAACACCUGCAGCAGUAGUGGCUUCAUGAUGGCGUCAGACGGAGGCUACAACAGCAUGGAUCUCACCUGGUCUCAGUGCAGCAGGGAGCAGCUGCUCCGCUUCUUCAGCGCAGGGAAAGCUGAGUGCGUGGCAGACCUGCCAGUGAUGGCCGGCUCUCUGCAGGACUGGAAGCCUGGCCUGUACUACGGGGUGGACGACCAGUGCAGGAUCGCCUUUGGCAGCUCCGCCCGGGCCUGCUCCUUCACAGCCAAUGACAUGGAAGCGUGUCGUGUGCUGUCCUGCCACACGGCUCCUGGAGACCAGACUUCCUGCACACGCCUGCUGGUGCCACUGCUGGACGGCACAGAGUGCGCCCCUAACCAGUGGUGCCUGAAGGGGCGCUGUGUCUCCCCCUCCUCUCUGAGCGGCUCCAUGGUGGUGCACGGCUCCUGGUCCCGCUGGUCCGAGUUCUCCCCCUGCUCACGCACCUGUGGAGGGGGCAUCACCUUCAGGAAGCGCCAGUGCAACAACCCCAGACCUGCGUUCGGAGGGAGAGAGUGUGAAGGGGUGGACACUGAGGCUGAACUUUGUCACCGUCAGCCGUGUGUCUCUACGCAGUUGGACUUCAUGGCCCAGCAGUGCUCCAAGACCAACCCCCAGCCCCUCUCCCUCUCCCCUGGGCACGCCCCGCGCUACACCUGGGCACCUGCGGUGGGACACGUCUCAGGUCACAUGCAGUGUAAGCUCAUGUGUAUGUCUGAGGGGGAGGACUUCAUGGUCAGCCGCGGGUCAAAGUUCACUGAUGGGACGCGCUGUGAACCCGACCAGCCGGUGGCUCCUGGGAUCGUCACCGCCUGCCUGGGAGGGCUGUGCGAGGAGUUUGGCUGUGAUGGAGCGUUGCAUUCUGGGAAGGUGGAGGAUGUGUGUGGGGUGUGUGGAGGAAAUGGGUCCACCUGUCAACUCACCUCCCUCUCUUACCACGGAGGAGGAGCUAGAGACUACGUCACCUUCCUGACGGUGCCCAUCAACGCCACACAGGUCCGCAUCAUCAACACCAGGCCCGUUUUCACACACCUGGCUGUGUUGGUGGGUCAGCAGUAUGUGGUGUCAGGGAGGGGCAGUAUCGCACUCAACACCACCUACCCCUCUGCCCUGGAGGACGAGCACCUGGCCUACACCCUGUACCUCUCCUCUGACCUGCUGCCCCGCAUGGAGGAGAUCACUCUACAGGGACCUGUACAGGAUAACAUACACAUACAGGUGUAUCGUAAGUAUGGAAAAGCAUAUGGAGAGCAGACUGACCCCAACAUCAGCUGCCAGUACUACACACCUUACCGAGCUGGACAGGGCUCACCUCAAGGCCAUUGGUCAACCAUCACAGGGCCCUGCACAGUCACCUGUGGGACAGGCCACCAGCAGGUGGCGUCGGUGUGUGUGGACCAGGCUACUCUGGAGCACCUGGACCAGGUCUUCUGUCCGCCGUCCGGCAGCAUGCCAACUCUGCAGAGGGAGUGCAGCAUGCCCCCCUGCCCAGCCAGGUGGGAGGUGGGAGAGUUUGGUCCCUGCAGCGCCUCCUGUGGCGGGGGAGAGCAAGUGCGUGCGGUCAGGUGUGUUCAGUCCCAGGCUGAAGUGCCAGCCUCUCUUUGCCCUCAGGACCCUGUGCCCGCCACAGUGGGCAUGUGUGCCACCCAACCCUGCCCAGCCAGGUGGCGCGUGUCCGACCCAGGUGUGUGUUCUGCGGUGUGUGGGCCCGGUGAGGCCCGGCGGAACGUGUCGUGUGUGCGGGUCCAGCGCGGUCAGGAGACGGAGGUGGACGGCAGUAUGUGUGCAGAGCCACGGCCCCUGGACUCUGUGCCCUGCGUGGUGGACGUGUGUCCCAUCGGCUGGGAGACCAUGGGCAAGUCUCAGCCAGAUCACGUACUUUCUCCCGUGAUUGUUCCGCGCUCAAGAGCGGAGCGUGUCUACGUAUGGAGCCCUGUGAUUGGACACUGCUCACGGAGCUGUGGGAACGGUACACUGGAGGUGUGGUACACCUGUGUGGAUCACCAGACACGGUUUGGAGUGGCCGAGUUCCACUGUGACCCGUCCAGUAAACCUGGACCCCACACAGAACCCUGUAACACCACACCCUGCCCUGCUACGUGGCGCUACAUGCAGGGUGUGUGCAGUGUGACAUGUGGAGGAGGGCUGGCACGCAGGGUGCUGUACUGCGCCAGGACCACAGAGGGCGCCGAGACGGACGAGGUGGUCAGCGACAACAAGUGCCAGGCCGUCUCUAGACCACUGGAUAUGGUGGAGUGUAACACUCAACCCUGUCCUGCCAGGUGGAAGGUGGUGUCCGUGGGGUCGUGCUCUGCGUCCUGCGGCCUGGGUGUGUCCCAGAGGAGUGUGUUGUGUGUGCAGUUCGAACGCGGUCAGGAGCAGGCCAUUCCUGAGGACAGGUGUGCUCAGGUGAAGAGGCCUCCUAGCCUCGUGCCCUGCAGAGUGCAGCUGUGCACCUUCACCUGGGACAUGCGCGAGUGGACCAAGUGCUCUGCGGCGUGUGGUUAUGGGAUCCAGAGCCGGCCCGUGUCCUGUGUGGGUCCAUCUCAGCCCAGCCCGGUCAGCCCCCUGCUCUGCAUGCACCUCCCCAAACCCCUCACCAUCCAGGCCUGCUACGCCAGGGACUGCAGCGUCCCCGCACACACACACACACACACUCCACACACACACACCACACACACGCACACCACACACCAGCCUGUGCCGGGCCAGGGCGCCAGUCUGGACUCGGAGGAGGAAGCAGACCGAGACGCAGACCCACUUCUGCCCACCCAGGUGCCGCUGGGUAGGAGAGCUGUGAUGUCAUCACUGACCCCCACACACCCCUCCACCAGCCCCACCCCCCAGCUGGCCUCCAUCACCACGGCAACCCCAACCCUGCCUUCUAAAACAGAUGUUUGUGGGAAGCUUCUUCUCCAGCCGUCCGGAACCAUAGACCUAAGAAACGUCACUCAGAGGAGAUGUAUCGUUGCUAUUGGCCGACCGCUGGAUGAGGUCAUAAACAUCAAAUUUGAGUCCAGCACUCUGGACUGUAAGGCCAAGGAGUACAUGGCGUUCUACGACCGGCUCAUCCUGAUCAAGAAGUGUGAGAGGAUGAAGGGCAAAGAGCUGACGUCACGUACCAAUGUGCUGCUCGUGAGGCAGGGACGCAUCACCCCCGGCAACGGAGUGAUGCUCACCUACAGCAGCAAGAAGAACCCAAAGAAGAGCCAUCAGCAGGACUGUGACGUGCAGCUGUUUGCCUCCUCUGGGGUGAUUGAGAACCCGACGCGGAACUCGUCCUCUCCUGCUCAGGCCUGCAGGGUCUUCAUCGACGCCCCGCCCUCCCUGCAGAUCAAGAUCCAGGCCCUCAGCAUGUUCAACACCACCUCCACACACACCACAUACGUGCUGAUCCGAGACGUGGACACGCUGAAGACGACGGUGUUCUCUGGCCGCCAGCUGUUCCUGUGGAGCUCCGAGGGGAGCAGGGCGGAGGUGGAGUUCCACGGCGACUACCAGCACAUCAAGGGCUCCUUCCACGCGCAAUACUCACUCGUCCGGCCCUGACCAGCACACACACACACACACACACACACACAUAACUACCAGCACAUCAAGGGCUCCUUCCACGCGCAAUACUCACUCGUCCGGCCCUGACCAGCACACACACACACACACACACACACACACACACAUAACUACCAGCACAUCAAGGGCUCCUU